CUCAGCAAAGAUGGAGAUGUACUGAUUGGUGGUAUCUUCUCUUUCCACAGCAAGGUGGACCAGAGAACACAAAUGUUUACAUCUGGCCCACAGCAACCAAAAUGCAUAAGUUUAAGUCUCCGUGAAGUUCAAAGUGCACAAACGAUGGUAUUUGCCAUUGAGGAAAUCAACAACAGAACUGAUCUUCUACCUGGGCUUAAAUUGGGAUAUAGAAUCUAUGAUUCAUGUGGAUCAGUAGAAAUGACUACACGAGCCUCCUUGUCUUUAGUCAAUGGAAAUGGAAAAAAUGGAUCUGUAGUGUCUUGCUCCAAAACUGAUACAGUUCAAGCAAUUAUAGGACAAACAUCAUCCAGCUCUACUAUUGCUAUUGCUGCAACUGUGGGACCUUUGAACAUACCUGUUGUCAGUCACUUUGCGACAUGUGCAUGUCUAAGCGAUAGGAAAAAAUAUCCAUCUUUUUUCAGAACUGUUCCCAGUGAUUAUUACCAGAGCAGAGCUUUAGCAAAACUGGUCAAGCAUUUUGGUUGGACAUGGGUGGGAGCUGUAUGCAGUGACAGUGACUAUGGAAACAAUGGCAUAAAUGAAUUUAUCAUCGCAGCCAAAGAAAUGGGAAUCUGUGUUGAGUAUUCCAAGGCAUUCUAUAGGACAGAUCCAAGAGAGAAAAUGUUGAAAAUAGUUGAGAUCAUCAAGGCCUCAACCUCCAAAGUGAUUGUAGCUUUUGUCUCAUAUUCUGACCUUGGAGUUCUUAUAAAGGAAAUGGCCUUACAGAACAUGACUGGGUUUCAGUGGAUUGGAAGUGAGUCCUGGAUUUCUGAUGUGAAUCCAGCCAAUGUUCAAUGGCAACAUAUCCUGAAAGGAUCCGUGGGUUUUGCUAUCCCAAAAGCACAACUCAAAGGCCUAGGGCCAUUUCUGACUAAGAUUAAUCCCAUUUCUGAUGCAGCAUUUUACACUGAGUUAUGGGAGACAAUAUUUGAUUGUAAAUUUCCCACACAAGGCAAUGUUGAGAUAAAACAAACAUGCAAGGGCAAUGAAAGUCUCAGUCAAGUACAAAACAUUUAUACAGACGUUUCAGAGUUACGACUCGCAAAUAAUGUUUACAAGGCCGUGUAUGCUGUGGCACAUGCACUGCAUAACAAAUAUGGCUUUUAUAAGUUAAAGAGUAGACAAGAAGGUCCUACUGCCUGUGUAGUCAAUGAGCUGCAGAAAAUUCAUUUCAACACUACAACAGGAGAGGAUGUAUUUUUUGAUGAAAAUGGAGAUCCAGCAGCAAGAUAUGAACUACUGAAUUGGCAACAAGGAAAAGAUGGUAACAUGAUGUAUGUUAAAGUGGGUUUCUAUGAUGGCUCUUUGCAAACACAUCUUCAGCUGUCAUUUAACAACAUAAGUAUAUCUUGGGCACACAACAAACCACAGGUGCCAGUCUCUGUAUGUAGUCCAAGUUGUCCCCCAGGCACCAGGAAGGCUGUACAGAAAGGAAGGCCAAUCUGCUGCUUUGACUGUAUACCAUGUGCAGAGGGAGAAAUCAGCAAUAUUACAGAUUCUAUAUCUUGCAUCAAGUGCCCUCCUGAACUGUGGUCGAAUGACAAGAAAGAUACCUGUGUCUUGAAGUUGGUGGAAUUCCUGUCAUUUGAGGAGUUAAUGGGAAUCAUUCUUGUAUCAUUUUCUUUGUUAGGAGCUUUGCUCACAAUCUGUAUUGCUGUAAUUUUCUUUAAACACAAGGACACGCCAAUUGUUAGAGCAAAUAAUUCUGAACUGAGCUUCUUGCUGCUCUUCUCUCUGACUCUGUGUUUUCUCUGUUCACUUACAUUCAUUGCUGAGCCAUCUAAAUGGUCUUGUAUGCUGCGCCACACAGCGUUUGGGAUCACCUUUGUCCUCUGUAUCUCCUGUGUUCUGGGGAAAACUGUAGUGGUGUUAAUGGCCUUCAGGGCUACACUUCCAGGCAGUAAUGUCAUGAAAUGGUUUGGGCCUCUACAGCAGAGACUCAGUGUACUUGCCUUCACUCUUGUACAGGUCAUUAUUUGUGUACUUUGGUUAACGUUAUCUCCUCCUUUUCCAUACAAAAAUAUGAACUACUACAAGGAAAAGAUUAUAUUAGAAUGUCAUUUAGGCUCAGUUAUAGGUUUCUGGGCUGUACUGGGUUAUAUAGGACUUUUAGCUCUUUUAUGUUUUAUCUUGGCUUUUCUGGCCCGGAAGUUGCCUGACAAUUUCAAUGAAGCCAAAUUCAUCACAUUCAGCAUGCUCAUAUUCUGUGCAGUUUGGAUCACAUUUAUUCCUGCUUAUGUCAGCUCUCCUGGAAAAUUCAUUGUAGCUGUAGAGAUAUUUGCCAUUUUAGCAUCAAGCUUUGGUUUAUUAUUCUGCAUAUUUGUUCCAAAGUGUUAUAUAAUUAUAAUGAAACCAGAAAAGAAUACAAAAAAGCAGAUGAUGGGCAAAGCAAAUGCCAAAUGA